UCUCUCUCUCUGCGCAUCCAGCAUCCAGUCACAGCCUGAGGAGCGCAGGGGAGUGCCGACCCAUCCACAAUUCCUUCUCUUCCCACGCUGUAGCCGGAGUAAAGCCACACGGAGCGGACACCGACGCUGUUAAAGCCCCUCCAAUAUCCUCCAUCCUCCUGAACAGUUGCCUGGGUGAACCACAUCGGCGGCAUCAUGGCGGAGUUAGACGUCCCACAGAUGAAGAGAGAAGUGGAAAGCCUUCAGUAUCAGCUGGCGAUCAACAGAGAGAAAUCCUCCAUCACCGUAACGGAGCUGGUGAAGUGGAUCGAAGGCUGUGUUUGUGAAGAUCCGUUUCUGAACCCUGAACUGAUGCGAGCCAACCCCUGGGUGGAAAAGGGCAAGUGUGUGAUCCUCUAAUGGUCGCGCACACAAUCACAAAUGCAUAUAAUCUUAAAAACAAACAAACAUGCAAUCCCCCUCAGCCUGGCUGCACUGGUUCUCCCCCCUCCUACACACAUUGAUACUUCUAUUUAUGUUUAUUUAUGUGGAGAUUCCUGGAUGUUAUUGCUUGAUGUGCGUGUUGGAAUGAGUGUGCAACACUGAGCAUCUUCCCCUGGGUUCAGCAAUGUCCUUUUUAUUGGCUCUUUGCACUGUCGAUCCAAAUAAAGACUGUUUUGAAUUAACAGAA